AUGCCCGUACCCAGGGAAGACUACAUUAGUGACUCCUGGAAGGAGGGCAUAUUCACAAACAAGGUUGUCUUCUGUACAGGUGGCGCGGGAAACAUCUGCAGCGCCCAAGUGCGUGCCCUCGUUCAUCUAGGCGCGGAUGCAUGCAUUGUCGGCCGCAACGUCGAGAAGACAGAGACAGUAGCCAAGGACAUUGCCACCGCGCGUCCCGGCGCGAAGGUCAUCGGCAUCGGUGCCGUCGAUGUCCGCAAGUACGAUGAUCUGAAGGAUGCGGUCGAUCGCUGCGUUAAGGAGCUCGGCGCGAUCGACUAUGUCAUCGCCGGCGCGGCUGGUAACUUCCUCGCCUCUAUCCAGCAGCUAUCCGUGAAUGCGUUCAAGUCGGUCAUUGAUAUUGAUGUGCUGGGGUCCUACAAUACCCUGAAAGCGACGCUACCUUAUCUCAUUGAAUCAGCGAAGAAGCACAGAGUAGAUUCGGAGACCCUGCGUCCCUCCCCGCUAGGCACUGGUGGUCGUAUCAUCUUCGUGAGUGCCACAAUCCACUACAGAGCGAUACCUUUCCAAGCGCACGUCGCCGUAGCCAAGGCCGGAAUUGAUGCUCUGUCGCACACGGUGUCGAUUGAGUAUGGUCCGCUCGGCGUCACCUCAAAUAUCAUCGCCCCGGGGCCAAUCUCUUCCACAGAGGGCCUCGAUCGUCUUCUUCCCUCGGAUGCCAUGCAAUCCUACAUCAAGUCCCAGCCUCUAGGCCGAUUCGGCUCCGUCCGCGAUAUCGCUGACGCUACUGUCUAUCUGUUCUCGAACACGGGUAGCUACGUCAGUGGACAGAUCCUAGUGGUCGACGGAGCAAGCUGGCGCAUGUCCGCCGGCGGCGCGGCGCAGGGCCAACUCCAGUAUCCGGAUUUCCUCCUGUCCGGCGAAACAGUCCAGAAAGUCAAGGGGCAGAAGAAGUCCAAGCUCUAA